AUGGCGGAUCAAAAACCAUGGGCUGAUGGGCCAUUCGAGCUCAUCAGCAGCACUCGCGCUGGCUCCAAGAAAGGCGCAAAGACAGCAGGAGCGAACCGCAUGGCCGAGGACAUGACCAUCAUCCAUAACCUUAUCAUCCGGAUCCUCAACACAGUCUACCUGCAAUGCGUCAACGUGGAGAAGUCCCCCGACGACAUCCCAGACUUUGUGUCGUAUGCGAUAGAGUGGGCCAGAAUGGUGGAGGAGCACCACCAUACUGAGGAGGAGACCGUCUUCCCCCAGAUCGAACGGCUGGCGGGUGUGCCGGGGCUGAUGCAGGCCAACGUCGCGCAGCACGAAGCUUUCCACGACGGCUUACAUGCGUAUAUGGGCUACCUGGAAAAGGUGCACAAGAGCGAUGAGGCUUACAGCGGAGAGAGACUCAGAAGCAUUAUCGACUCAUUUAUGCCCACCCUGCGGCAGCAUUUGAGUGACGAAAUCGACACACUGUUGAAGCUGGGGGAUUAUGACCGCGACUGGGAGGCGUGGUUCGAGAAGCUCGUCAAGGAGCUGCUUGCGAAAAGGGGCGAUCCGAAUCUCAAGACGACUACAAUUCCACUUCUCCUCACAAACCGAGACACGACGUUUGAGGACGGUAUUUAUGCGUGGUGGCCUCCGCUACCGUGGUUCGUGCCAUUAAUGAUGCGGUGGUUUCUUAUCCCCGCACACAAGAACUGGUGGCGGUUUUCUUCGUGCGACGACAGGGGCGCGCCCAAAGAGCUUCCCUUUGCGUGA